GCUUGUCAACGCGGGGCAGACGCGCGGGGCGGCAUAGGCACGGUCCGCGCCUCGCAGCCAGGUCUCCUCUCCGCUCCGCGAGGGCAGCGGCUGGUGCGGCGCGAUGGACCUGGCCGGGCUCCUGCUGGACGAAGAAGGCGCCUUCUCCCUCACCGGCUUCCAGGACUUCACGUUCCUCCCGGGACACCAGAAGCUGAGUGCCCGGAUCCGAAGGAGACUCUAUUAUGGCUGGGACUGGGAAGCUGACUGUAGCCUGGAGGAGCUCUCCAGCCCUGUGGCAGACAUUGCUGUGGAACUGCUCCAGAAGGCGGCCCCCAGCCCUAUUCGCCGACUCCAGAAGAAAUAUGUAGCCCAUGUGUCCCGGGAGGCAUGCAUCUCCCCAUGUGCGAUGAUGCUAGCUCUGGUGUACAUUGAGCGCCUCCGGCACCGAAACCCCGACUACCUACAGCACGUGUCAUCCUCUGACUUGUUCCUGAUCUCCAUGAUGGUAGCCAGUAAGUACCUGUAUGAUGAAGGGGAGGAGGAAGAGGUCUUCAAUGAUGAAUGGGGGGCUGCCGGGGGCGUGGCCGUGCCCACUCUCAAUGCCCUGGAGAGGGGCUUCCUGAGUGCCAUGGAUUGGCGUCUCUACACUGACCCUCGGGAGAUCUUUGAGGUGCUGAGCUGGCUGGAGAGCUGUGUGGCCGAGCAGCAGGGCCGGCGGCGGGGCUGGUACACCUACACAGACCUGUGUGUGCUGCUCGAGCAGCCGGCCUGGCAGCUGGCCCUGGGCUCCCUCUGCCAGCGGCUGGCAAAGCUCUCCUGCCUGUUAGCCAUGGCCUAUGUGAGCAGUGUGGCCCUGGCUGUGGCAUCGGUGGCUGUGAUACACCAGUCCUUGGGGCUGUCCUGCAGCCCCCCACCUGGCCCCCCGGACCUUGGACUGGCCUCCAGCUGCCUCUUGGAACCCUGCACACCUUCUCCCGUGCCACAGUGCCUGCCGUGUCCUGCUAACGUCUCCAGCUGCCUGGAAGGCGAUGUAGGGCUGCGUUCACUUUGGGCCAGCGUUCUGGCCUCGCUGAUUCCCCCACCAUUGCCUCCUCCAGACCCUCCCGCCCCUCCCACUCUUCUCCAUAACUGCCCCCUUUGCCAGAAGCUCCAGAGAGACUCCACAACCUGCCGCACCUGCCGCCACCUCAACCGUACGGUCCCCACGGGGCCCCCCAGCCCUUGGUACCACUCCCACGGCCUGGCUCCCCCCUGGCCCUGGAGCCCAGUGCUUCCUCUGCUCCCACAGCCCCAGCAGUGUUCCCUUCUCAACAUCAUGGAGCUGGCCCGCCUCAAGUCUUUCAUUUUCCCAGGCUAGAUAGGGCUCCAAGGAGUGCACGCAGAGGACUUGGGAGUCCCUAGGGAGAACCUGGAGGAGCACAGCUUGAUUUAGAUCCUCUCUACCUCUCUGGGUGCUUGGCUGGUCCCUUGUCCUCCUGGGUGAUGGAGCUUAAGGGGUUGUGGGGCAGAAGGACUGAAGGUCACUCACUCUCCUAGGCUCAGUGGCUGGCUGCCUGGCCAGGGCAGUGAUGGUACCUGGGAAAGUGAGCUCAGUGACCAGGGGCAUGUCACAGCUGGGCAGAGGAGAAGCCCCUCUCUCUCCACCUCCCCUGGGCUCUUCUAGACUUGUUUUUGAGCUCCCCAGGAUGGAAGGAUAAUGGUUGGUGAUGGGAGAAAUGGGGGGAUGGCGAGGGUGGGGGUACGGGGGACAUUGACUGGUCUGUGUGAUGUUCCUGGAGCCGGAGAGC